UCUAAACAGUACCUAGUACCUACUAUAUUGGCCAAAAUAAAGCACUAAAUAUAAUGUAAAAUAUACUGAUCUAUGAGUAUAAAUCAUGACAAACUCCAUUUAUUAUAUUUCACAAUAUUUUAUUUUUGUAAACUUUAGAUUUCAAAUGACCUCUUUAACUAUUAAACAUUUCAAAUAUAAAAUAAACAUGUAAAUAAAAUUGUCAGUAAUUAAUUAAAUUAUGAUAUCGAAAAAUGGAUUAGUUAGCGUUUAUGGGUUGUUAUUAGGGAUUUUCGUUUUGUUUAUUAUACUACUUCUACCAAACACAAUAUUGUCGGCCUAUAGCACAAAUGUAAAUACAUUUCACGUAUUUUUCUUCUAUGCAAUUAUUUCCAAUGUCUUGGUGCGGAUUUUCAACAGAGGCGUAGUAUACAAAGUAUGUAUUAUCUGACCACUAUAUAACGGUAAUAAUGAAUUUGUAUUCAUAUAUGUGUGUAUUUUUAAAACAUGGUACAGAUAUGUGCACAGGCUUUGUUUUUGGGCUUGGCAAUGGCUGCAGGCUGCUUGAUUUCAUUUCAAGCUCCCUCCUCAUGGAAACCUUUUGGAUGGUAAUAAUUUCAAUUUAAAAAACCUAUAACUUAUAUUCCUUAUAUUCAAAUAGCUUGUUUCACAUAACUUGUAUACGUAUAAAUGUUUGAUUGAAUGACUUAAAAUACAAAAUAAUCAGUGCUUGGAAUGUUCCUUUUAAAAAGGAAUUAGUUCAUUUUUAACAAUGAAAUUAAUUCCAGACUUGUUGCAAAAUUAUAUUAUGGAACUAGUUCCAUUUUUCACUUACAAACACAAAUAAUAAUCAUUAUAUUUUUAUUUUUUAUUACAUUUUAAUAUAUUAUUAACUCCAUAAAUAAGUAAUCUGUAGAUAUCCUUCAUAGAGGACGUUAAAACAAACUUAUAUGUUAUUUAUAAGUGUUGAAAAUAUAAGUAUAUUGUUAAUAGGUCCAUAAUAUGAAAAAAAUAUUUUAUUUCUGAAUUGGAAGGGUUGAUAAAUAAGUAAAUCUGAUACAUGCAAUUUUUAAAAAUAAAAAUGUAUUAAAAAAUGUUUAAAAAAAUACAUAAAUCUAUACUCUGUUCCAAAAGAUAACAUACCACUUUUGCACAUAAUAACUGAUGACUAGCGACCGUUUAAAGACCAAUAUCGCGUAAUGUCACCAAAAUGUGCUCUUUGUGACCGGUGAUACCUGUUAGAAAUGUGGGCCGCCUAACAAAAUCUGGUCGCCACCUGAUAUGUUCUCUUUUGGAAUUGGGUUUAAAUAAGUAUAUAUAAGAAAAAAAAAACAAUAAUUUAUUCAUGUUCCUCCAAAAAAAUGAAUAAAAUUCCUUCUCAGAUCUGUUCCAAUAAAUUCCUGAAAAGUGAAGCAAAUCAAAGGAACAAUUUCAUUUGAAUCCAGUUCUUCCAAGCACUAAAAAUAAUAGGUAAUCUAUAUUAUUGGUAUUAAAUAUAAAUAAGAACUACAAAACGAGAUUCCACAUUAUAAAAAGAAAAGACGAUUUUAAAAUAUUUUAUACCAGUCAAUUUUAAUUUUUUUUUUAUCCUCAAUUAUAAAAACAUUUGUAUUAAAAAUUCAAAUUUUGAAUAUUUCUCUAUGAAUUUGAUAUAUUUACAGUUUGAUGACUUGUAUAUAAACAAUUAAAAUUUGAUUUAAUGUUUUUAAGAAUAAAAUGGGGGGUGUAAAUUUUACACAGUUGAAAAGAUCACAAAGUAAUAUCUAUUUUUCUUUCUACUUAAAUAUUUGAUGUUAAUUUUGAAGUAAAAAAUAAUAAUAAAUUUAAAAUUAAUAAAGUAAAUUAAUUAUUUUAAAAAUGUGUUAAAAUAUCAAAGUACCUAUACUUAAUUAAACAUCUUACCUUUUUUUAAAUAAAAUUUUGAAAAAUCUAUAUAUAUUUUAAAAUAAUUUGUAUUAUGUAAUAUAGAAUUGAUUUUUUUUUUUAUUUAUUUACAGGUACAUCAUUGUGAUGACUAUAUUUCAUUAUUCAGAGUUCCUCAGUAUAUCAGUGUGUAAUCCAAAAACUCUGACGCCUUCGUCAUUCAUGUUGAAUCACAGUAUUGCCUAUGGUGUAGCUGCUAUGACCAGCUGGUUGGAAUAUUUGCUGUGGUAUUAUUUUUUACCUGGUAAUUUAUUCUUGGAAAGUAAAUUAAUUUAGAGUCAGAAAAAGUAAAUUUGAAUUCUAAAAGAAUUUAUAUAGGUAUUAUUCAAUAUUAGGAAUGCCAUUAACCCAUUAUAUUUUUACCAGACUGUGAGAGUAGGGUUAUAUGUUCAGUGGUGUAUUUAUGGGUCUUAUGUGGAUUUGGCUGUCUAAAUUGUGUCAAUGUACCCCAUCCUCUAAACAAAAAAGUUGUAAAUACAAUAGAAGUAUAUUUAGGUUGCAUAUAUGAACAGUGAAUCAAUUUUGAUGAAAAUAAAAAUAAUUUUAGUUUUAAUUAUUGCUUAUCAUAUUAUUGUAUAAUUGGUAUUUGUUAUAUAUUUAAAAUUAAUAACAUAUGAAAUAAUCGUCUUUCAUGAUCUUUUAAUUUAAUAUAAUCAGAUUUUGUUUACUUUUAGAUAUGAAAAAUAUUCAUGAAAUCAGUUAUGUUGGUAUGGUAUUUUGUGCUGUGGGAGAGAUAUUGAGAAAAGCUGCAAUAUGGACGGCUAGAGAUAACUUCACCCACUUGGUGCAACAAGAAAAAGCGCAAACACAUGCAUUGGUUACACAUGGUGUAUAUUCAUGGUUCAGGCAUCCAAGUUAUGUUGGUUGGUUUUACUGGUGUAUAGGCACACAGGUAUAAUAUAAAAAACAAUAAUUAACACGUUUUUGAAUGCAUUACCCAGAAGGUAUUGUAUACAUGUCAUAAAUUGCCUCACUUGCUUUUGUGUACAUUAUUAUAUACAGACGUUCUUGGAUUCACUAUCUCUGUGUACAAAAAAUAAAAAUCAUUAUUACAUAUUAUUUUUUCUUUUUAUAUUUUGGCAAACAUACAAUAAAAUACCUAUUUAUGAACGAAAAUUUUACCGUGUACAAUAAAAUGUACACAUGGCAGUCAACGUGUUAAAACUCCAACAAGUUACUGUGUAACUUAACCAUUAAAGUAUUGUUACUCAUUUAGGUCAUCAUGAUUAAUCCUAUAUGUGUAAUAGCAUAUGCACUAGCGGCAUGGAAAUUCUUCAAGGAUCGCAUUUAUCAUGAAGAAAUGACACUAUUAAAUUUUUUUGGAGAAGACUAUAUUUCAUAUCAGGAAAAGGUCGGAAUUGGCUUGCCAUUAAUCAAAGGAUUUGUGGUAGCACGUGACAAGUAAUGAUGAACAAGCUGUUGUCAUAGCACAACUUUAACAAUUAACAAAUCACUGAUAAACAAAAAAAUUAUCCAAGAUUAGUAUUUUUUUCUUUUUCUACACAAAAAUUAUCAAAUUCAUAUAAAUGUAUAUUAUAUAUUGAAAGUAUAAAAAUAUAAAUUAAUUACAAAAAUCAGUUGUUAAGUUACUUUAUGUAAAAUAAGCAUUGUAGUAUUAUAAAAUAUCCUUUUAACAUAUACAUGUAUUUUAUAAUUUGUUGUUGUUUUUUUUUUUUAACCAUGUAUUUUAUAAAUAAUAAUAAAUGUUUAAUACUAUUUUUAAAUUUCAUAUAUGUGUAUAAAAUAAAGAAUCAAGUAGGAACAGGAACUUAUAUAAUAUCAAAAAAAAAAAAGUUAAACAAAGUUGGUCCAAAUAUAAAUUAACUCUUACAAUAUACAUAAAUGGCAAAUCAUUUAUAUCCAGAAUUAAAAAUAAUAAUUUAAUUAUGAAUAACUUUUUUAGUUAAAAAUAACAUAAUUUUAGUUUUAAAAAAAAAUGUUAAUUGUUUUAAUACAAAGUAAGGAUAAGUAGUUUGGCACGUAGUAUCGUUUUAGACAUUUUACACUAAAAUACCCCUCUUAUUGAUUGUAGCCAUCAUUUCAAUAAUACCAAUAGCUGCUUUAACUAAGUCCCAAUUGGCAUUUUCCAAAGCAUUCAAGCACACGCUGUGAUCAACAUUGAUAAGGCCUUCCGUUUCCAAAGCCGAUUCUAAUUUGGCCAACUUAAUUGCAUGAUGCACAUCCCAACCAGUGGCUUUUAAUUUGUCCAAACACUGUUUGCCAGACACCUAUCAUAGUAUAAAACAACAAUGCACAAGAUUAUAAUUUUUAAUAAAAUAUGGAAUCGAAAUGUAAUCCACACACUUUUGGUCCGAGUACUUUAAUCAUUAUUCGGACUUCAUCACAGUCCAGAACCCGUUGAUCCAUUAUAUUUUCCUUCCCCCUUACAUCACUUCUAUUAAAUGUUUUUGAUUGGUCAUCAUCAUCUUCCACAUCACAGCAAUUUCCAUCGGACUGCUGUCUCUGAAAAGCUAUCAUUUGCCGUUCGGCUACAGGUGACUCAACUGUGCCCAACUGGUCCAAAGCAUCCAGUUCCAAGGCAAUACGCUCAUCAAAACUUACUUCAGUUGCACUAAAAACCAACA